GCACAGAAAAUUGUGGAUACAUGUCCAUGUGAAGGGAAGGAAGCUGUAGUAUGGUUGUUAAGUGUACUCUUUUACUCCUGAAACAAUACUGGACGUGAGCAUGUAAAUUUGGUGGGCAGUUUAGGUUAAGGCACUUUUAUAGUUAGGCAGUCUUGGAAAGCUCCUAAUCUAAUUUCAUUAGGGAAACUUGAGGGAAUUGUGUAGUGUAUAAAUGAGCCAAUCUGAGAGUAAACUAUGGAUUGUCCCAGGUUUAGAGUAGAGCAUCAAGGAUCACUAAAUGAUGAAUAUUUGACCAAUGAUUGGACAAUAUCAUAGUGCAAUUGUCAAACAAGGUUCAUGUAGCUGUCACUGUAUUUUCAAUGUCAUGCAGCUCCUGACAAUGCUUACUGGCAGGAUUGGAUCUCUUUUCACAAACAGCAAGUGGAUGCGUGGAUACCACUUUGGUAACAAGGAACCAACCAAGUUCAUAAAUUAUUGCAAUGAGGCAGCAGCUACUGUCGCCAACGAGGAUGGUGGCCAACUAAGCAUAGUCAAACCACAACCAGAGUCAUCUAUAAUGCAUGCUUAUAAUUCAAAAAGCAAAGAUCUUUUGGACUCGGAGGAGAACGGCAACUACUCUGCCUCUUCUAUAGAGUCAAAGCUUCUAUUUUGCAAAAAAGAUGAUUUUGUGCAAACUGCAAAACCAGAAGGCGUUUGUAUUCCUGAUAAGAAACCCGAUAUAUGCGCUGUUCCUGAAAGUAAUAUUCUUGGAAAAGUGAAGGACUUUUUGGGAGUCAUAUCAGAAGCGAAUAAAAGACUGCAAUAUGAUGCAAAGAACAACGCUGAAAAAUAUGAUCUUGAAGUGCUUCAUGGUAAUGAGUCAGAAUAUAUUGAAAUGGAUUUAAUGCUGGGAGUUGCUGAUCUUCAUACUGCUGAGGCUGUUGCUGCUGCUGAGUCUGCAAUGGCUGGUUCCCAGCCAACCUUGGCUGCUAGUGUUAGCAUCAGUGAUGAUGACGAUGACCAUGAUAUUAAAAGUAAUGAGGAAGUUGGUAGUGAUAGUAGCAAUGAUGAAGAAAAGAUGUUCAAUGGUGCUGGUGAAAAUUCCUGUAGUGAUGUGUCCAGGAUGCAAGCAUCCAAUAAACGCCCAAAAAUUGUUGAACUCUCGUAAAUUUCUGUGAUGUGUGGAUAUGUAGGUCAUUUCCCUGAGGAGCUUUUGCAGUUAGUGCCAAACAUAAAGCUAGAGCAUUAAUUGACUCUCAUAAGAAGAUUCACGGGUCAAUAGCAUGUUAUGUUGUUUGCUUAAUCUUGUAGAUGUUCAGUGGAAUAUCAUGUUGUGUCAUGGAUAGUUUCCUGAUGCUAAAAUCCGUUUCUGGAAAUGCAUCUUUGUGCUUCUUUUUGUAGUCUUUUUUGUAUCAGGCCUUUGGGUGGCAAUGCUUAUUGAUGUUAUUUUGCUUCUUACCCAAUAUCUUCAACGUGUGUGAUUUUUGGUAGAUCA